AUGCGUCACACGUCAUCAGUCACGUGACAGCGGUGGAUGUUUUUAAUGACAUCCACGACACGCGUGAUAAAUCCACUCACAAGUCGCGGUGGAAUUCCGUCGUAGUUGUGAGUUAAAUAUUUAAAUUUUGCAACGGCGGAAAAUACGGAAUUAUUUCCUCGUCUCGGUAAACUUUGAAUCACCUCGGGCUAGCUUAGCUCGUUAGCUGCUAACAAAGAGACAAAGCCGGAAGUGAUCGACGCUUAAGUGUUGUGAUUGUGUGAAAAUGUGCAAAGUAGAAAUGCUGAGAGUGUUGGUGAAGCAGCGACUAACUGCUGCUGUGGAAGAAAUAUUUGUAGUGUUAGAAAGAACCAUAGCAGAAUACGAGGAGGAACUUUCUAGAAGAAAAGAGGAGAACGAGCGACAACGUCAACUACUGGACGCUCUUUUCAACAAACAUCAAGUUGUGUUUUCAGACGUCAGCGAAGAAAAUUGUUCUCCUCAGCCGCAGGAGUGGCGCUCCAAGUUGGAGCAGAAGGAGCCAGAGCAGCCCCACUUUAAGGAGGAAGAUGAGGAGCCAGAACUCAUCUACAUCAAAGAGGAAGAGGAGGAGACACAGCCGCCCCACUUUGAGGACGAGGAGGAGCUGGAACUUAUCCACGUCAAAGAGGAGCCGGAGCCCCCUCACAUCAAAGAAGAGGAGGAACGAAAGACAGAAGCUGAUGGAGGAUCACAAGCAGAGAGGCUCAUAGCUCCACUUUCAGAAAAUGAGGACAUGACGUCGCCUUCUUCUGACACCGAAGACGAGGAUAAAACUGACGGAAAAAGCUUCAAAUGCUCUCAUUGCGACAAAACUUUUGGCAAAAAGGGAACUCUGAAAACACACACCAGAUAUCACACCGGGGAGAGACCCUUCGUGUGCUCCGUGUGCGGCAAAGCCUUCACCAUCAAGGGACAUUUGAACCGUCACGCCAGGACGCACAGCGGAGAAAAACCGCACCCCUGCUCACUUUGCGGGACCAGCUUCGGCGUGAGAUCGGCGCUGGUCCAACACAUGAGGACGCACACCGGAGAGAAACCUCACGCCUGCUCCGUCUGCGGCGAAACGUUCUCCCAGAAGGGGAACUUGAGCCGACACGCGAAGACGCACACCAGGACACAGAGUCAGGGUCCGGUCUUCGGCUGCGCCACCUGCGGGAAAACCUUCUCUCAGAAAGGAUAUUUGAAGAUUCACAUUAGAACUCACACCGGAGAGAAACCGUAUUCCUGCUCCUUCUGCGGCGGCAGCUUUAGUGUCCGUUCCGUGUUGGCCAAGCACAUCAGAAGAAGACACACCAGCAAGGACACAACAUAUUUUCUUUAUGGCCUUAUUAUAUUAUUCUUACUGAAAAUGUGCAAAGUAGAAAUGCUGAGAGUGUUGGUGAAGCAGCGACUAACUGCUGCUGUGGAAGAAAUAUUUGUAGUGUUAGAAAGAACCAUAGCAGAAUACGAGGAGGAACUUUCUAGAAGAAAAGAGGAGAACGAGCGACAACGUCAACUACUGGACGCUCUUUUCAACAAACAUCAACAAACAGUCCAUGAAGAAGAAGAUCUCCCCCCUGGGCCGCAGGAGUGGAGCCCCAGGACGGAGCGCGUCAAAGAAGAAGAGGAGGAGGCUGAUAUCUCCAACUUGCCCGUGAUUGGGGUCAUCGUGAAGAGUGAAGACGUUGAGGUCGGAGGUGAAAGUGAGGAGAGGAGUGAGGCGGAGAAUCAAAGCAGCAACCUAACUCAACACAUGACAACAGAAGCUGAUGCAGGAGGAUCACAAGCAGACAAGAUCUUUGAUAGCGAGGACACAUCGUCUCCUGACCACGAGGAUGAAGACUCUAAAGCAGGCCAGACACGUCUCACCGACAACUUUAAAAUCUCCAAGUCUGACAAAACUUUUGGUGAUCCUGACACAAACAGUCACAAUGGAGAGAAACCUUUCAUGUGCUUGGUUUGCGGAAAAGGAUUUUUCCGAAACGAGCAUUUGAUAACGCACACAAGAACGCACACCGGAGAAAAACCAUUCGUUUGCUCAGUCUGCGGUCAAAGGUUCUCUCAGAAGGGCAGCCUGGGGAAACACACCAGAACGCACACCGGAGAGAAACCGUUUCUCUGCUCGGUCUGCAACACCCGGUUUAGUGACCGCUCGACACUAGUCAGGCACAUGCGGAGGCACACCGGUGAGAAACCCUUCUCCUGCUCCAUUUGCCACGUGAACUUCAGCCAUCGCUCCACUCUGGUGGCCCACGUGAGGGCCCACACUGGGGAGAAACCCUUUCCGUGCUCGGUUUGCGGUAAGAAAUUCCCGUUGAAGACUCAGCUGACGAGGCACAUGAAAAUACACACCGGGAAGAAAGCGUACAGCUGCCGUGUGUGCGGGGAAAUAUUCUCUUACAAUUACCAGCUCAACAAUCAUCAGUGCACUGGUGAGAACAGCAGCAGCACAAACUUUUAACAAACCUUGACGUCCCUCAAACAGCCAUCAAUGUUAAGCAAUUAUAAUCAGUUUUUUUAGGCAUCUUUAAACACUGCUCUUGAUGCACCACAGUAAGAUAAAAGUAUUGGCAAAAGUAUUAAGCCACCCAUCCAUAUGAUGAGAAUCAGGUGCCCUCAUCACUUGGUCCGGUGUAUCAAAUCAAGCACUCAGGCAUGGAGACUGUUUCUACAAACAUGUGUGAAAGAAUGGGCCACUCUCAGUGAUUUCCAGCGUGGAACUGUCAUAAGAUGCCACCUGUGCAACAAAUCCAGUCGUGAAAUUUCCUCGCUCCUAAUUAUUCCAAAGUCAACUUUAUUAUAAGAAAAGUGAAGAGUUAUGGAACAACAGCAACUCAGCCACCAAGUGGUAGGCCAGGUAAACUGACAGAGAGGUCAGCAUAGUGCAAAGACUUUCUGCACAGUCACUUGCUACAGAGCUCCAAACUUCAUGUGACCUUCCAAUUAGCCCACGUACAGUACGCAGAGAGAUUUAUGGAAUGGGUUUCCAUGGCCGAGCAGCUGCAUCUAAGUCAUGCAUCACCAAGUCCAAUGCAAAGCGUGGGAUGCAGUGGUGUAAAGGACAUCACCACUGGACUCUAAAGCAGUGGAGACGCCUUACUCUGGACUAAUGAAUCACAUUUUUCCAUCUGGCAAUCUGAGUGACCAGUCUGGGUUUGGAGGUUGCCAGGAGUACGCUACAUUUCGGACUGCAAUUUGCCGAGUGUGAAAUUUGGUGGAGGAGGAAUUAUGGUGUGGGGUUGUUUUUCCAGGAGUUGGGCUUGGCCCCUUAGUUCUAGUGAAAAGAACUUUGAAUGCUCCAGGAUACCAAAACAUUUUGGACAAUUCCAUGCUCCCAACAUUGUCGGAAUAGUUUGGCGCGGGCCUCUUCCUCUUCCAACAUGACUGUGCAACCAGUGAACAAAGCAAGGUCCAUAAAGACAUGGAUGACAGAGUCUGGUGUGGAUGAACUUGACUGGCCUGCACAGAGUCCUGACCUGAACCCGAUAGAACACCCUUGGGAUAAAUUAGAAAGGAGACUGAGAGCCAGGCCUUCUCCACCAACAUCAGUGUGUGACCUCACCAAUGCGCUUUUGGAAGAAUGGUAGAAAAUUGCUAUAAACACACUUGGCAACCUUGUGGACAGCCUUCCCAGAAGAGUUGAAACUGUAAUAGCUGCAACACAGCGUAUUGAAACGUAUGGCUUAGGAAUGGGAUGGCACUUCAACUUCAUAUGUGAGUCAAGGCACGUGGCCAAAUACUUUUGGCAAUAUAGUGUAUGUUGGUUGCAUCAUUGUUGUGUAGCACAAUACUAUAACUAUGACUGUAGUUCUGUUACACUCGUUUGUGUAUGUUUGUACUACUUUGGUGUUUGCACCUUUUUAAAAUAAGAAAUAGCUCA